UAGCUUUCAGCCCUCACCCAAUCCCACAGAUACAUCACAGCAUCACAUGAUUACACCCAUCUACUUUAUUUCUCCACUGGACAUUGAUGAAUCUGCAUCCACCGUCGCCGUAGCGGUCCGACCGAUCGUUAUUCUCCUGUGUUUCCUUUCCUUCUCCCGCAUCCAACAGAACUGAUCCAGCGCUCCAAGAUGGCUGAGUUGAAUUUGGGGAAGGGGCUGACAGCAGGGAAAGUGGCCAGCAACGUGCAGAAGAAGCUAACCCGAGCCCAGGAGAAGGUUCUCCAGAAGCUUGGCAAAGCUGAUGAGACCAAAGACGUUGCCUUCGAGGAGGGAGUUAUCAACUUCGGCAAACAAUAUACCGAAGGCAGCAAACUGCAGAGGGACCUCAGGGCGUACCUGGAUGCUGUGAAAGCCAUGCAUGAGUCCUCCAAUAACCUGCAGUCCUGUCUGGCUGAUAUGUACGAGCCGGAGUGGCCAGGCAAGAACGAGGUGGAUUCCAUUGUGGAGGACUGUGAUGUGUUGUGGACGGACUACCACCAGAAGCUGGUCGACAAUGCCCUCAUCUCCAUGGACACGUACCUGGGCCAGUUCCCUGACAUUAAGGCGCGUAUUGCUAAGAGGGACAGGAAACUGGUGGAUUACGACAGCGCCAGGCACAACUAUUCUGCCACACACAAGGCCAAGAAAAAGGACGGGGGCAUUAAAAUCACGAAGCCGGCGACUUUGUUGGAGAGGGCCACUCCAGGUUGGGCUCAGGGUAUCCUGUCUGCACACAACGUUGCCCAGAGCAGUCUGUCCAGGGGCCAGGCUGAGGAAGAGUUGGAGAGAGCCCAGAAGGUGUUUGAGGAGAUUAAUAUUGACUUGCAAGAGGAGUUACCUUCACUCUGGAACAGUCGUGUUGGGUUUUACAUCAGCACCUUCCAGAGUUUAUCCGGUUUCGAGGAGAAGUUUCACAAGGAGAUGAGCCGGUUGGAUCAGGAUUUGUACGAUGUCUUGGUGGAAUUGGAGAGAACAGACACAGCCAGUGGCAAAGAACCAUCUAACCACACUCUCAGGCCAGGAGGACCUCCCCCAAUCCCCAAAUCUCCUUCCAAGCUAAAGCCAGCGAUGCCUCCUCCACCCAAGGUGACCCCGUCCAUUGAGAUGAAGACAGAGAACAUCAUCAACCUGUUUGACGCUGCAGCUGCUCCUGAUAUCAGUGUCACCUCCCCUACAGAGCCUGCAAACUGGGACUCAUGGUCUGAGGACAGGGCUGACGAGGAAGAGGAGACCCAGAAGCACUAUGACCCUGUGGCUGCUGCUGCAGAGGCCUGGGGGGAUGAAGGUGUGCCGCCUGUCCGCUAUGACCCCAUAGCAGCGGCCACAGAGGGCUGGGGCGAUGACGGGAUCCCACCGGCUCCAUGUGAACCUGUGGCUCAGGCUCAGGAGGGAUGGGAGGAGGAUGAGAGCCAGUCGGUUCAUUCCGACCCCGUGGCUGAAUACCAGGAGGUCCUGGACGAUGAAGAGAGCCGUCCUGUCACAGAGGUGCCUGCUGACAAUGAUGAAAUACCUGCAGCUGAGGCUCCAGCUGACACUGUGGAGGAAGAGGCAACCCCAGUUGCCACCUCCCCAGUUGCUACCAGCCCAGUUGCCACCAGCCCAGUUGCCGCCAACCCAGCGGCCACCACGUUGGAGAAUGAAGAGGGUCAGGAUGAGUCUGCAGAGACUCCUGCAGCAACAGCAGAUGAAGAAGAAGAAGAAGCAGUGGUAGAAGAGAGACCUGCAGUAGAGGACGAAUCAAAAGAAGCCGUAACAGAAGCAGCGAUUGAAACAGCAGCAGCAGCACCCGCAACAGCAGCUGCAACAGAAGAAGCAGCAGCAGCAGCACCAGCAGCAGCAGCCUCAGCAGCCGCAGCAGCACCACCAGCAGCCGCAGCAGCACCAGCAGCAGCAGCAGCCGCACCAGCAGCCGCACCAGCAGCAGCAGCAGCAGCAGCAGCAGCAGAGCCUGCAGACAUGCCUCCUGGAUUUUUGUUCAAGGUCGAGGUGAUGCAUGAUUACGGAGCCAACGACACAGACGAGCUGGAGAUGAAGGCUGGAGACGUGGUGCUAGUGAUCACCUUUGACAACCCUGAUGAACAGGACGACGGCUGGCUCAUGGGAAUGAAGCAGGACGACUGGCGGCAGAACAAAGAAAACGCCACUACAGGAGUAUUCCCCGAAAACUUCACCCAGAGGCUGUGAAGGAGAGGGACCGACACGUCAUUCCAGCUUCUUUCUUUUUGUCUCCCCUCCCCCUUCCCUCUAUCCUCCAUAUCUUCUAUUGCCCUGAUACUGUAUCUUUACUAGGACUUUGGCCAUAAGAAGCAGAGCUGUCACAGCCCUCGCUGAAAUCAUGCAUUUCUAAGGUCUGCUACACUGUGCUAAAAGCUAAUAGCGCAAUUUUCGUGGAUUUCCGCCAACACUUAGAAAUUACUGAUGUGCGUAGUCAUUUCACAGGUGCCAGUCGGUCCCGCUGGAAUUGAUGAGAGAAUCCUGAUCACACAGGUUCGAUGCAGAGAUCGUGGGACCUCUGCAAUGGCUACUGUUCAAAUUUAUUAUGAUGCUUCAUGUUUUAGUCAUGUCUCGUCAUAAACUCUCCAAGGCAUAGUCCACCACCAUCACUGAGAAAAUGGCUUUUGAGACAUGCUUUUUGUUCAUCUGAUAUUGAGAGCCAUGGAGAAAUGUUGGAAAUUGUUAAGACAAUGUCAAGUGUAGCAGAGGAAGCCCUACACACACUCAAACACACACAUAUAUUAACAGGAUAUAUCUGUUUCAUAAAGAUCAGGGGGGGUAAUUACUAUGAUCGGGCUGUGAGGACACUGACACACUCAUUUUCAAGUCUUAAAUUCCUCUCUAGCAAAAAGACCAUUGAGCACACAAGGUGCCAAAGUCUAAUCAACUAAACUGCACAUGUUUAAUGAGCCCUGACGUUCUCAGUCUGGUGAUCACACUCCCGACACAAUGCCGUGUGGACGCUUCCAUCUAAUCCCUUACUCCUACUUUAAUUAUUGACUUGUGAACCAUGGGCCCUUGGUUGUUGUAUUAGUUUAGAUCCGACGGUGGUAUAGGUAGAGUGAAGCUGUUUUUAAAUUCCUCAAUAAAUUCUUAUGCGGUUAACGGGUCAUCAGACACCAGCCUUGUUAAGGUGACUGCAGGAACUCAGUAUGAAAAUCAAACAGAAACACCGGUCUCAGAGAUCUACAGAGCGGAACGCAUGACUGUUGAAAAUCAUUUAUGUAAUUAACAGGUUUUCGAUAGUCGUGAGUCGAGAGAUUCCAAAUAUGCAUAAGUCAAGCUUGCAAAAAAAAAAAAAAAAGGCCGACAAACGACACCAACGAGGAGCAUGAGAAGCUGCUACUGGUUGUUUAAUAUUCAGGCAGAUACAGUUACACCCGAAUACUAAUCGACAUACGAUAGGUGAGCUAGCCUCACUCGUUUUAGAAAAAGACAAUGUGCCGAAAAACAAUUCCUUCUUUUUGCAUAGAGACUACUUAGCUCACAUGCAGAUGACUCCGAAUAUGCACCAGAGCAACUUCUUUUAUUUUUGUAUGCUGCCGAGCAACGAUUACAUAUAGCCUAAUGUAACUAUGUCGACAUAAUUGCCAACUGAGGAUGUUACGGAGUGUUUUUGUACUUCUGUCAGGUUUUACUGCUCUCAACAUUUAGCCACACACCGUAGCUGGUUGAAUCCAUCUCACAUCCUGUCAUCCAUUCAGUCACCGACUCAAUAUUCACAUUCCUCAUGAUGUUAUUGACAUGUUAUAAGUGUGAGAGAAAAAAAUGUAUGUGUGUGUGACUGUAUGUGCGUGUGUUAGUGGGGUUAAUGGGAAAAACAUAAAUUCUUUAUCUAUAGGCUACUGUUAUUGGACGUGGGGGGGGGGGGGGGGGGGGUUGGCCGAGGUACAGACGACGCAAACGUGUGUUGGGUCUGUCUCCACUGGCUGGUAUUAUGAAUCCAGGUGUUAUUGUGCAUUUGUUGUGUAUAAGUGUAAAUUUUUGCCAAGCUGUGAUGACAGAUACAUAUUCUAUAAAGACAUUCAUAUCUGUAUGUGUGUAACUGUGAGCAUGCUGACUUCCCAUGUGUUGUGUGAACACCCUUAAUUUCAGACCAUGAUACUUGGGUCACUUUUGAGGCAGCGGAAACAGGCAUUUUUUAAAUUUUUUUAUUAUUUAUUUUAUUGAUCUGCGGUGACAUGCUGUAUAUUUAUUUCCCGCCAUUACCCCUUUAUUUUAGCCCUGAUUAUGUUUGCUUGUUGUUCAUCAGCCUUGCCUCUAAAUGCCGCUGGGGUAUCGUGGUCCAAACAGAGUUAAAACAUGAUUACAUGGAGACCAGACGCAUAGAGCUAAAUGGGAGAUUAUCCAUCAGACUCAGUUUUCUUUAACUUUUUCUCUUUUUUGCUGUGUUUUUAACCUCUUCAGAUGUGCAUGGUGUUUUCACACGUGUGCCUGACCCACAUGUGAGAACAUCAGCUGCACUCUCGGGGAAACCAGUCACCUAUCACAGUUUGUUUUUCAGAUUUUAUGUAUAACUUGCUGAGUGUGUUGCCUGGGUCUGGCUCUCUGUCUGUCUUUAUGGAUCAGUCUCCUGCGACGAGCUAUGGGAUACAACAAAGAGGUUUUUUUCUGUACCCAACUGACCGGAAAUAAUAAAGAUUACUUACAAUCUC